AUGGGAUAAUCAGGCUCAAAGAAAGAGAUUGAAGGCAAUAUUUUAAUCAUAUUAGAGAGAAAGAACUAUUUUUGUGGUGAAUUUAUAAAAGGAAGUGUUUCCUAUUCUGUUUAAGAUUCUGAAAUUAAAGCUUUCCUUUAACUUAUAUGUGUGGCUGAGAGAUAUGUUAAAAAGAAGAGGUUGUAUUAAGAAAAGUUGAUUGAAUAGACUCUAAUGUUGAGUUAGCCAAAUGAAAAAGGCGUUUUGGAGAAACCCUUUUCAAUAAUGACUCCAUAAUUGUAGAGUAUGGAAUUAAAUACAUGGAAUAAAGAUGAAUAGAUUUAUAUAAAAUAUUUUUUAAGAAGUUAUCUAAAUUUUGAGAAUCAUAAUUUAAAGGAUAAGUAAAAGAAAAUCAGUGAGGAACAAAUAUUCAUUAAGAGAACUUAUCAAAACAAAAUAGAAAAUAUUAUAAAACAGUUUUCAUAUGUUACAAGAUCAUGGUUUUUAGGUGAUGAUUAAGUACAAUAAAUAUAUUAAAUAAUUAAUAGAGAAUUGAGUUCUGGUAUGACUUUGAAAAUAAAAAUUUUAGAUCAAAUGAAAGAUUUAGCUUUUGGUUAGGAGUAGACAAUAGACAUACAACAAUAAAUAUUGAAAGCAUAAAAGCUUAUUUAGUUUUUGAAAUAUUAGAGUUUUAAGUUUAUUGGAAAUUAAUAGAGAGAAGAGUUUUAUCAUGUUUAGAUGAAAGAAUAAAGGUUCCUUUUGGAAUUUAAAAUACUUUCUAAAUAAAUCUUAUAAUACCAAGUAAUAGUCCUACUGCAAUCUUAUCUAAAAAGAUAAUGAUGUUUUAUCAUGUUGAGAUAGAAUUUGAAUUUGAAUAUAUGGGAUGUAGAAGAUAAUCAUACAUAGAAAAGAUUUUGAUAGAUGUAGUAAAUUGUGAAAAUUAAUGA